CGUGUUGGAGGAAGGAGAGAAGUCGUAUAUGACGGCGUCAGACUGGAGGAGCUCCUGACCACCUGUGAUUGGCCCAUCGAGGAGGACCCGACGAAAGACUACGAUGAGCUUCUUAGAGGACUGAAAGCCUGUGGAUCGGGAGAUUUUGAACAGGACUCCGAAAUGAGAACGGCAACCGUCUCGUUGGGCUCUUUCCGAAGCACAACUUUUUCACGGCAACAUGAAGAAAGAACACCGGCGGUGGACGUGGGAGUCACCCAACGGUACGACUCAUGCGGAGAUCGACCACAUGCUCACCAACCAAAGGAGGUGCUUACUGGACGUCUCAGUGGUACCAUCCUUCAGCAAUGGUUCAGAUCACCGCAUCCUUCGAGCAAAAGUGCGAUUCAGCCGAAAGCUAGAAAAGAAGAUCGGUUACCGUGUUGGAGGAAGGAGAGAAGUCGUAUAUGA